GGUCGCUUCCGCCUCGCCUCGGGCCCAGCCGGACCGCACCACACGAGCCGCGAAAUAGGGGCUCCCGGUUGCGACCAUCCGCGCUGCGGCGGCGGCUGUGCCUCAGUGCCGCCUCAGUCUGCGGCAGGCAGCAGAGGAGUCGCGUCGAGCCGGAGAGCGCCGUGCUCCUGGGCCCCUCGCGCUCCGCCCCCGCCAACCCCAGACACACUGCCCCUAGGACCCCCUGCCUCUAGCCGCCACCAUGAACUACUUGCGGCGCCGCCUGUCCGACAGCAAUUUCAUGGCCAAUCUGCCUAAUGGGUACAUGACAGACCUGCAGCGCCCUCAACCACCUCCGCCGCCACCCUCGGCUGCCAGCCCGGGAGCCACGCCCGGCUCCGCGACCGCCACUGCCGAGAGGACCUCCACAGCCGCGCCAGUGGGCUCUCCAGCAGCCCCUAGUCCGGGAUCCUCGGGAGGUGGUGGCUUCUUCUCGUCGCUGUCCAACGCGGUCAAGCAGACCACAGCAGCUGCAGCCGCCACCUUCAGCGAGCAGGUGGGCGGCGGCUCUGGGGGCGCAGGCCGCGGGGGCGCCGCCGCCAGGGUGCUGCUGGUCAUCGACGAGCCGCACACCGACUGGGCAAAAUACUUCAAAGGGAAGAAGAUCCACGGAGAAAUUGAUAUUAAAGUAGAACAAGCUGAAUUCUCUGAUCUCAACCUUGUGGCUCAUGCCAAUGGUGGAUUCUCUGUGGACAUGGAAGUUCUUCGGAAUGGGGUCAAAGUUGUGCGGUCUCUGAAGCCAGACUUUGUGCUGAUCCGCCAGCAUGCCUUCAGCAUGGCACGCAAUGGAGACUACCGCAGUUUGGUUAUUGGACUGCAGUAUGCUGGAAUCCCCAGUGUUAACUCUUUGCAUUCUGUCUACAACUUCUGUGACAAGCCCUGGGUGUUUGCCCAGAUGGUUCGACUGCAUAAGAAACUCGGGACAGAGGAAUUCCCUCUGAUUGAUCAGACCUUCUACCCCAAUCACAAAGAGAUGCUCAGCAGCACAACAUACCCUGUGGUAGUGAAAAUGGGUCACGCACACUCUGGGAUGGGCAAGGUCAAGGUGGACAACCAACACGAUUUCCAGGACAUUGCAAGUGUUGUGGCACUGACUAAGACGUAUGCCACUGCUGAGCCCUUCAUAGAUGCCAAAUAUGAUGUGCGUGUCCAGAAGAUUGGGCAGAACUACAAGGCAUACAUGAGGACAUCAGUGUCAGGGAACUGGAAGACCAACACCGGCUCAGCAAUGCUUGAGCAGAUUGCCAUGUCUGACAGGUACAAGCUAUGGGUGGACACAUGCUCAGAAAUUUUUGGGGGACUCGACAUCUGCGCAGUAGAAGCGCUGCAUGGCAAGGAUGGAAGGGAUCACAUUAUUGAGGUGGUGGGCUCCUCCAUGCCACUCAUUGGUGAUCACCAGGAUGAAGACAAGCAGCUCAUUGUGGAGCUGGUGGUCAACAAGAUGGCUCAGGCCUUGCCCCGGCAUCGGCAACGUGAUGCCUCCCCAGGCAGAGGCUCCUACAGCCAGACUACAUCCCCUGGGGCCCUGCCCUUAGGCCGCCAGGCCUCCCAGCAGCCUGCAGGACCUCCUGCUCAGCAGCGACCCCCACCCCAAGGUGGCCCACCACAGCCAGGACCGGGGCCCCAGCGCCAAGGAGCCCCACUGCAUCAGCGCCCGCCCCCACAGGGCCAGCAGCACGUUUCCGGCCUUGGGCCUCCAGCUGGCAGUCCUCUGCCUCAGCGCCUACCAAGUCCCACAUCAGCACCUCAGCAGCCUGUGUCCCAGGCCACACCGAUGACCCAGGGUCAAGGCCGCCAGUCCCGGCCAGUGGCAGGAGGCCCUGGAGCACCUCCUGCAGCCCGCCCUCCAGCCUCUCCAUCUCCCCAGCGCCAGGCGGGGCCCCCACAGGCUACUCGGCAGGCAUCCGUCUCUGGUCCAGCUCCGUCAAAGGCCUCAGGAGCCCCACCCAGUGGGCAGCAGCGCCAGGGCCCUCCCCAGAAACCUCCUGGCCCCGCCGGCCCUACACGCCAGGCCAGCCAGGCGGGUCCGGGCCCUCGCACUGGGCCACCCACCACGCAGCAGCCCCGGCCCAGCGGCCCAGGUCCUGCUGGCCGUCCCAUCAAGCCUCAGCUGGCACAGAAACCCAGCCAGGAUGUGCCGCCAUCCGCCACUGCUGCUGCCGGGGGACCCCCGCACCCCCAGCUCAACAAAUCCCAGUCUCUGACCAAUGCCUUCAACCUUCCAGAGCCAGCCCCGCCCAGGCCCAGCCUUAGCCAGGAUGAGGUGAAAGCUGAGACCAUCCGCAGCCUGAGGAAGUCUUUCGCCAGCCUCUUCUCCGACUGACACCCCACUGAGAAUCCCUAAAUCCCCGGGCAACCCUCUCUGGGUCCAUUUCUCACUUUUGGAAUUUCCAAAUCCCUUGAGAACGCCUCUCUUGGUUCUCCAACAUCCCACUUCUCAUCCUCAAGAUGCCGAAGUCCCUUGAGAAACCUGGUCCUAAAUCCGGUUCUCACAUUUGGAAAUCCACAAGUCCUUUUAGUAUCCUGCUCCUGGUCACCUCAAAAUCUGUUUUAGAACCUCCAAAUUCCUAAAGAUCUCCAUUCCUGGUAUCCCUAAAGGAUGAUUUCCUUCUUGAAAGUUCCCAAAUACCAGAAAACCUGUUUCUGGCCUAAUACCAUGGAAUCCCCUCCUGGAGCUCUGAAAUUCCUGGAAAAUCCUAUUCUAGUCCUGGUCCUGAAUCACUCCAGCACACCUUGCUCCUAAUCAGGAGUUUCUAAUUCCUCAAUAAUCCCUUAAAUCCCUUUCCAUGGGUCUUCCCUCUGGAGACCCACAUCUUCAAAUGCUACCUGCCAUCCACCACCCAGAUCCUCACCAAUUUCCCUUCACCAGCUCCCCUCAACCCCGUUCAACACAGGAAGUUCCUUCCACUUCUAGGACCCCUUGGUUCCCAGAAACCCCUUCCCCAGUUUCCUGCCUCUGACAGCUGUCUUAAAUAUGCAAAUCCCACCCAUGCUCCCAGAAUCCUUUGCACAUGGAAGACCAAUGGUCUCCCACUUCCCCACCUUUGCCGUGAUGUCUGUGUCAGUGACUGACGUGGCCUCCUCUUGUGCUGUGCUUGGCAUAUGUGGUCCUCGUUCAUCUUGUGCCGCCUGUGGUGAUGCGUGCAGUGGCGCUAUUUGUGUGGUCCGCACCUUCCCCUAACCUCCACCCCUUGCCUGGACUUCCCCCACCCCUCAGCAACUCUGAAUCCCAAGAGAAGAGUCGGGAAGCAAAAUAAAUAAGCAAAGGCCCAGCAGAA